AUGGAGGACUACGAUGACCGCGAUGAUACUGAGUUGGAGGAGGUAGAAAAAAGUUAUCCUCAAUAUGACGAUCUUAAUUAUGAUGACCUAACGACAGCCUUUAAUAGGUUAGAUAUAGGGGUGAAGGCUGAGGCUAUGUAUGGUGAUGACCCUAUAGUAUUAACCGAUCUUAAAAGUGAACUGGAUUAUGUGAAGAGUCUCAUGGAGAGACGUGAAAUAGAAGAAACAACUUUCACCGAAGGAAAUGAUGGUACAGUGAACAUUUCAGGUCCAUCAGGAAGCACAACCACCCCGGGAGUAGAUUUUGUAGAAGAUCCAAACAAUGUACUUCCAGACGUGCUAGAUGCAUUCAACGAAUCAUUUGACGCUGACUGGGACGAAAUAGAAUCCCGCCUAGAGAAACUAAAUAAGAUUUCAACAGCGAAUAAAAAGAGAGAUUUUGAAAACCAGGUGGAGCGUGUUCAAGCUGUCACAAGAGUUAUAAAGGGUAAGGAGGGACUGAUACUAGAUCCUAGGAAUAGAUACGUCAGGGAACUCAUCAAACGAUCAUCUGUAAAAACACUCAAGGAUGGCACAGAGGUGUUGGUAUUCAGAAGUGAACAAGGUAUUGACAAAAGUGGGACACAAAUAAUGAAACGUGGUAAGACCAGUAAACCUAUGUACUCAAAGAGCUCACCUGCACUGAGAGAAUACAAGGACCUUCUAAAGAAAAUAAAAGAGGUACCUACAGAUCCUGACGACAUAAUUGAAAGUGAAGAGCCGCAAUUUAAUGAAAGUAGUGAGGAAUACGCUGACCGUGAGAACAUUGAGUUAAUAGAUACAAGCGCAAAACUAGGAGACCUUCCGGGGCUAACAAUACAGGAAAACAAUGAACUGAGAGGUGUUCUUAACCCACCUGAUGGAUCAAGUUUAGAAAGCAGAACAGGUCCCAACGGAGCGUUACAAAUUCAGGCUGACUACUUUAACGAAGCUAUUAGUGAAACCGUGGAACGCGCCACAUCUGCGGAAGGUACAACUGAGUAUAAUUCCCUUAUAGAAAGAAUUGACAGUUUGAAGGAAGCCAGGGAUAGGACACUAGAACAGAGAACUGUAGAGGAAGCAAGAGAGGCACAGUUGGAAGAUAUUUCUAGAUUACGUAAAUUUAUAGACUGGGUAGGAAAGGAAAAAGUGGGACUUGCAGGGAUAGCAGUGUCAACAGCUAGUUUAAUUACAGCAUUAUUAAUCCAUGCUAGGGGAGCCAUUGUUAAGACAGCAAAGACCACUGGUAAAGUAGCAAAAGCAUUAGCAAAUUUAGCAAAGAAAGCAGGACCAAUUCUAGUUCCAAUCCUGAACGCAGUUGCAACAGCGCUAUCAUGGGGAGCCAAAGGAAUUGCAUGGUUAGCGUCUAACUUAUGGGUUCUAGCUGUAGCUGCGGCCUUAAUAGUAUACAACUAUUACACAAAGUAAAUUAGCUAUGGAGGAACACCAGGAGGAAUAUGAUGACCGGAGAAUGGAAGAGUUGAGGGAAAAGUAUCCGGACUAUGGAGAAAUGGAUAUAGAAACUUUAGAUAGCGAAUUACCGUACCUUGACAAGGAUCUUAGGGAAAGCGAAACUACUGAGGAGACCCAGGAUAUUAACGAGGAAAUUAAUUACGUACAGGAACUAAGGAGGAGAAAAAUGUUAAGUGAAGACCUUACGAGAGAGCAAUUAGCUGAGAAGUUCCCUAACCUAUCUAAUCUGUCAUACGAUGAUCUAAUGGGUAGGGGAGACAGACUGUUAAAUGAACUAAUACUAUCCGAUUUGGAUGAAAACAGUUUCAAGGAAAAGUCGGAAGAACUGAGGUACGUUAGAAUGCUAUCAAAUGAUUACCAGAGAGAGUCAAACUUAAAUAAACUUCUCAACUUAAGAGAUAAAGUGAAAAAGAGGGACCUCAUUAAACGGGAUGAUCGUAGGAGACUGCAUAGGCUCAGGUUAUGGGUAAGGGAGAAUGCAGGCAUCUUAUCAGCUGUUCUAAUUUCCUCAUCAGCUGUAAUCAUAGGACUGGUAGCAUCAACUAGAAAUAUAUUGUGGAAAGUAGGUGACACAACAGGAAAGCUCGAUAAGCGGAUCAGUGAGUUGGUAAACAAUCAAAUAGAACUACCACCUGUAUUCCAGAAGAUAGCCGAUGGAGUAGAGUUAGCAGCGGAUAAUAUAUGGAUAAUCAUCGUUUGUGCAGCAGCAGUUUUAUUAUACCAAUUCAACUAA